GUAAAUAUGACAUGCGCCUGAUUAGCACGAAGUUAGAGGCAUGGAAAAACGAGUAUGGCCCGAUUGUUCGAGUUAGACUUGGGAAGAGGUGGAGCUUGUAUCUGUUUGAUCCGGAUGAUAUAGAGAAGGUGUUCAGGGCUGACCAGAAAUACCCAGAGCGUAUUACACUUCCUCUCAUGUCAAUAUAUGAAAAACGACAAAAUUUACCAUCGACCCUUGCCAAUACAAAUGGGAAAGAAUGGCAUGCCAUGAGGGGUCCAACUCAGAAAAUCAUGCUUCGUCCCAAAGCAGUGACAAAAUAUGCACCAAAACUGAGUAUAAUAGCAGACGACUUUGUCGAUUCACUGAAAACCAGCGGUCGUCUUGAUAACCUACCAUUCAAACUGAUGGAGUAUUCAGCUGAAGGGGUUGGGAUGCUGUGCUUUAACACACGUCUUGGUUGUAUCACAUCUGACAACACUGCCACACCUCUGAUGACCUACACCAAGGACUUUCUUGAUCGCCUUGGUAACCAUUUCUACAGAAUGAUUCCUACGUACAUGCUGUUUCGAACUAAAUUCUAUAUUGGGUUUGAAGAAGCUGCCAAUUUCCUAUACAGUACAGCAGAGGAGCAUAUAAACAAAGCACUAAAGGACCUCAAACACGCCUCAGACAAUGGCAUAGAACACGAGAGCAACCUUCUGUUUGAUCUCCUCUCCACUUCAGGGCUCACUCCAGCACAAGUUCAUCGUACGAUUACAGACGUUUUCAUUGGCGGAAUAGAUUCUACGGCCAGCAGUAUGACGUUCCUACUGUUCUACCUAGCCAAGUAUCCAGACAAACAGGAACGUCUCUUCAAAGACCUUCAGGAACAUGUGCCAAAGAAAGGGCAGAUUCAAGAAGAAACCAUCAACAAUCUGCCCUACCUCAAGGCCUGCCUCAAGGAAUCAUUCCGACUGGUGUUUCCCAUUGCCGGAGGUACUGUACGGAUCAUGGACAAGGACAUCACAUUAAAGGGAUAUAAUAUCCCCAAGGGGACCCCAAUGCAGCUGUGUAGUGGGACGAUAGGGAGAGAUGAACAGUACUUCCCCCAGCAGGACCAGUUUAUCCCCGAGCGGUGGAUGCGUGGAGACAGCAGGACGGAUGUGAACCCCUUUGCUCACCUCCCUUUUGGGUUCGGACCACGGAAGUGUAUCGGCCAGAGAUUUGCCGAGCAGGAAAUUUUCAUCUGUGCAGCUAAGCUGCUCCGGAACUACCGUGUGGUGCUGCCACCUGGCGUUACAGAUAUCCCUUACUUCUACUGCAUAUUUGCCACCCCGAGGGAGCCUGCAAGCUUCAUCCUGGAAGAACGAGAGGAUUAAUCAACUACAACGAAUUAUAUACGGUUAUAAUGAUGCAUGUGUUAUAGGCUUAUAAUUAACAGCCACUAUUUUGGGCAUACAUUGUGAUCCUGCAUUUCUUAUGCAAUCAGGGGGCCAAGAUAGCCAAGAUCGUCGGGUAAUGUAAUCACAAGCGAAUAUUCCUACAUGUAGGUGUGUGGUUCGAACCCUACCCAGGGCGAUUGGUGUCUUUCAGAAAGCUGUUGUGACAUAUAUUCCAGUAAUGUCUGUCGUGUUUUUGACCAAAUACAUUCUGAACAUUUCUUGAAUGCCAUGCGUUAAUGAUCAGUGUGGUUUAUGCUUGCAAUAUUGAUGGUGGCCAGCUGAAACCAAUUCUAAGGGACAUUUUUUUUAUCCGUAAUUACAUUUGUGUAGUUUGCGCUGUCUGUCCCUAUCUGUAUGUUUCAUAAUGUUGAAUGCGUCUUGACAACGAGGCCAAUCGCCUUGAAAAAUGGACAUAUUACAUAGUCAUAGCAUUACUACUAUUUCAAUACUGAUAUACUUGAUUUCACUGCAUUUAGUCUAAACUUAAUUUUACUUUGAAUAUGAGUUUUAUAAAGACAGGUUUUAGGAAACGUGGGAUGAAAUAAUGGCACCUCGUAUUAGACGGUACAACAAAAAGAAAACACCGCCAGUUGUGUAUCUGUGUCAGUACCAUGCAACUACUUAAACUAGGUCAAUAAUGUAAUAAAGUCUCGUGACAUCAAGCGUAAGAUAUAUUUAUUUUAAUGAUAUUCAUAAAUAAGAAGCAUUUACGAAAAUCCUGGAAACGAAUUUCUCUAUUAAUCAAUUCGACUUUGACAGUGCGUUUUUAUAACCAAUCGUAUAAUUAAAUACCAAAUAAGGCUAACAAAUUAGAAAGUAAAGCAACGCGAUACUGAAUACAACGAUCUUGAUGAUGCCAUAGAACACAUCUACUCUACUAAAACAACACAAUGACCUCAAAAAGAUGAUUUUAAAGACCACAAAGACUCCAAACGUACUAGGGACACCCCGCCAACACAGACCAGACUUAAUAUAUCAAAUAGAUAUCAAGCACUAGACAACACAAAAAAUAAUGAGCAAAAUGAAAUUGAUAAUGUUGAUAAAUGCAAGUGAUGGCACAACAAACAAACAGGCAAACACUCGAGGAGCCAAGCCAUAUACCAACUUUCCGUUCUUCAUCUGCUACCAAUGACCAUCCCCCAAGAAAAUCUAAAACCGAAAACAGCAAAACUAAACAGUUAGACCAGGAACUGAAACCCAUACCAGUCCACUGUUUAUCAUCAGUGUGUAACACACCACGUGAACAAUACAUUGGAAAUAAACCUGUGGAUCGUCGCAAAAUUCAAAAAUUAUUUGUGCGUGGUAUCAAUUAGCCAACAUCGUCGGAGGAAUUGAUACGAAAAUACGUCGAACGUAAUAAUGGUACAGUACUAGUUCUGGUGCACACCAUUAUGUCCUCAAUCCUCCAACAGUAGCCUAGCUUAUUAAAAUUAAAGUUUAUCCAUCCAACUUAUACGGGUGCGAGCUUUGGCAAUUGACAGAAAUAGACAGAAAUCGAUAUACUAAUGCUAGAAUAAACACAACAUUUUAUUAUUAAAAAUAUUCAAGGAUUUGACAAAAGGACCUGAAUAGACAUAUGUGUACAUCUUUACUCGGCUGGACCUCUAUCGAGGCAUAUAUAGACAUUAGAAAAGUAUUAUUCUUAGGUAGAUUGUGUAUAAUGACUCCAAUGACUCUUGUUUAUAAGUUUUUUAUUACCAGACUUCUUUUGUUUAGACUAGGUAGACCAUGAGACGAAAUAUAUAUUGCUGUGAUAAAAUAUGAGGAACACAAUCGCAUUGAACGUAUAAAAGUUGAUAUUAAUUUUACAAGGUUUCGAGAAAUACAAAAUUAACUAGAACCUAUUGUUUUUAUGAAAGUAAGCGCUACGAUUUUCACAAUACAGGGAAUAUGUACAAUAUAUAAUGAAAAUAAUAAUUGCAAUCAGUCAUAGCUUGACUACAAUGGAAUUAUUUCAUAGAUGUGUUGUUUUUUUCUGAAGACCCAAUGACACAUCUGGUGCUACAAUGCAAUUAUACGCCCGAGUUGAGGGACCAGCUCUGGUGCUGUAUAUGCUGUUUAGUGUCUACACUCUCUUCCAGAUUCUGAGAUAAUAAAUUUAUUGAUUGGAGGAAAUAUAACCUACGAAAUUAGUGAAGACGAGAUGAAUGAGUUCAGAACAAAAUCAGCCUAUACCUUACCUGAAGUAUACAAUAGUUUUGUUUGAAAAUUACUUAUAAAAUGUACAGUUGUGUAUAAUCUGUGCGCACGUAGUAAAGCAUACCAAUAUAACAUGAGCUAUACCAGUACCAACUAUACUGGAGAUUCAAUGUAUAUAAGUAAACGAGUGUGGGAAGGUAGCACAUCGCAAGAGGGAAUGUCUACCACCUUUGUGUGACCCCGGCCAAAAAAUGUAUUCUCCGGUCGGUAUAUUAGAUUAUAUUUCAAAUAGACACCUUUAUUGAAUGUAUUUACAAACGCAUCGAUACAUUGACUGUCUAUAUAAUUAUGAAUAAGUAUUAUGUAUCGCGCAUCAAUGUAACAUAAUUAAGUGUAAAUCUUGUAUACUCUAAUAUUGUCUAUUGAUUUACACUUUAUAUGCUAAUUCAUACAUAUAAAGUGUAUAUGUAGUAUAGUUUAUUGUUAUUGACCUGCAUGCUUUGUGUAUAAUAGUUUGUACUCUUCAUUUUUGGAGGCAAUAAAGAGAAUAAUAUUGGACAAAGGAAGUUCCCAUGUUCCAAAGAUUUGUAACUAUGCACGACAUAUAGAAUGCAUACGUAUGGACCGCGUGUUCGGACUUUGUAUUAAGUCCCUAGGAUGUAGACAGCAGAUAUGUAAAAUAUAUAAGGUAUGCCUGUCUGCACGUUACACAGUGAAUGGAGAUAGCAUAUCCAUAAUGAAAUAAGAUACCUAUUUAUUUUUGAUCAGGUGUUAUAUACGACAAUUGGUUUGUUAAUGUUCAGCACGUCACCAGGUAUCCAAACAGCAACGAUCCUCGGUAGUCCUCCUGCUGUCAUAACAGAUAUAUUUGAAAAAAAGACCGCUUUUUUGCAUAAUUUGCAAGAGAUUGUUUUAUUUUUGUCGAAAAGUUUAAUUAACAAAGAUAAACUGUCGGUGCAUAAACUACAUACUUAUGUAAUAUAAAUGUAUAUGGUUUCAUAAUGGCAAGUUGGAAGUCAUUACGUUCCAUGCCAGACUUCUUAUUUUCUUAUAUAUUCCAUUAUCUCUCUAACUUAUAUGUAAUCCUAUAUUUUUUCUUGCUCGAUCUCCAACACUUAAUUUCAUUACCGCUUUUCAUUUUUGUCCUCGUGGAUUUAUCUUUGUAACACAUUAUUGGUGUCAUUUGUAACUCAUCAAAUUUGAAGGAAUAAAGAUAAGAAUGAAUGAAUAUAUAAAGGAGGUUUAUCAACUUACUGAUAUAAUAUUUUUUAUGAUAAUUUUAACCAAAAGCCAAGCAAUAAUUUUAUAAGCUUCCUAUAGUACUUAGAUGUUAGUAUACAGACCGUUUUUACUACGUUAUUAAUGACCAAAAUGAGACUUAAACAUGUCACAGAAUGACUGUCAGUCCAUUUAUUUUGCGUUCAAUAAAAAUAUUUUUAAAAAAAAACC